GCGCGGCCCUCAUGCGGCGCCCUCGCUGACACCUGAAAUCCGUCGCUCCCCGUCCGCCGCGCACCGCGGGGCGUCCGGCCCGCAGCCCUUGGCGGUUGAAGUCGUUGUCUUGCCGGCCCGCGGCGGCCGCCCAUGGAGAAGGCCGGGCGGGGCGGCAGUGGCGCCCCCCGGGGGCCCGUGCUGCACAUCGUGGUGGUCGGCUUUCACCACAAGAAGGGCUGCCAGGUUGAAUUCUCUUACCCGCCCCUGAUUCCAGGAGAUGGACAUGACAGCCACACUUUACCUGAAGAAUGGAAAUACUUGCCCUUCCUUGCUUUGCCAGAUGGUGCACACAACUACCAAGAAGCAAAUUAUCACGAUUGUGGUUUUGUACUUACUUUAGAUUAUUUGGUUAAUGUUGAGAAGCGAGACACUAGAUACGAGCGCACAACAGCAGCGGCCGACGACGCAUUCACUGAGUGUGGACCUUCUCCGAUGACGCGGCAGCAGCUGCGACGGGUUGGUAGUGGCGUUAGCUGCCAUGGCUACGCCGGAAGUGGCCUGUCGGUCGACGAUGGGACGGCGAUUUUGAAAGAGCGCGCUUCCGCUUUUUCCCGCAGCCCGAGUAGGCUCGACCAAUCUGAGGCCGAGCGUGCGAUCCGGGCUGUCGACCCACGCCCCUCCCCAGGCUCCGCCUCGGCCCCUUCAGACCCCACCAGUCAGGUCCCUUCCGGACCUGCUCCGCCCCGCCGGCGGCGGCCGCCUCAUCAGGUGACAGCCCGGAAGCAGCGGAAGCGGAUGAGGGAAGAGCGGCUGCGGCCCCGGAGGGCGGCACGGAGCUGCUCGGCCUCCUCCGGGACCCCGUCGUUGUCUUGCCGGCCCGCGGCGGCCGCCCAUGGAGAAGGCCGGGCGGGGCGGCAGUGGCGCCCCCCGGGGGCCCGUGCUGCACAUCGUGGUGGUCGGCUUUCACCACAAGAAGGGCUGCCAGGCAUGAUUGAACAUGGUCUCAGUGACUGUUCUCAGUACAGACCCCGAAAGAGUAUGACUGAAGAAGCUGGACUUCAGGAAAGCAAUCCUCCUGCAGAUAAUUUUGUUUGUGGGUCUACUUCUGACAUUUCAAAUACCAACUUGGGAACUGUCAAAAAAAUCAUGGCAGGAAACCAUGGAGACGGUGCUGCCAUCAAGACUGAAGAGCAUUUGUUCCAAGAAGAUGACAGCAAAGGACAGGAACCAAAUAAUACCAAUCAAUAUUUGAAACUUCCAUCUCGCCCGUCUCCAGAGUCUUCAGAAAGUGACUGGGAGACCUUGGAUCCUAGUAUCUUAGAGGACCCCAACUUGAAAGAAAGAGAGCAGGUGGGAUCCGAUCAGACAAACUUAUUUCCAAAGGACUCUGUGCCCUCAGAUAGUCCUCCAAUUACUGUACAACCUCAAGCUCACAUUGGGCAGGUGGUCCUGAUACCAGGGCUCAUUUCAGGUUUGGAAGAAGACCAGUACGGCAUGCCCCUGGCCAUCUUCACAAAGGUAGAAGAAGCUCUGAUCCAGACCCAUGAUCCAGAACUCAGGAAGCUGCUUAUUCCAACCACUGCAGACCUAAGGUUCGCAGAUUACCUAGUGAGGCACGUGACUGAGAACCGGGAUGACGUCUUCCUGGAUGGCACAGGCUGGGAGGGAGGUGAUGAAUGGAUUCGGGCCCAGUUUGCAGUCUACAUCCAUGCCCUGCUGGCUGCCACGCUGCAGUUAGAUAAUGAAAAGAUAUUAUCAGACUACGGGACCACUUUUGUUACAGCAUGGAAGAAUACUCACAACUACAGGGUGUGGAACAGCAACAAGCAUCCAGCACUUGCAGAAAUAAAUCCAAACCAUCCAUUUCAAGGACAGUACUCAGUGUCAGACAUGAAGUUAAGAUUCUCACAUUCUGUUCAGAAUAGUGAACGUGGCAAAAAGAUUGGAAACGUCAUGGUCACAACCAGUCGGAAUGUUGUACAAACAGGAAAAGCUGUUGGCCAAUCAGUUGGAGGAGCUUUUUCCAGUGCAAAGACAGCUAUGUCUUCAUGGCUUUCUACUUUCACCAAUUCCACCCCGCAAAGUCUCACUGAGCCACCCGAUGGGAAGCCCUGA